CGUCAUCUUUCGGAGCCGAGGGAGCAGACAGUUGCUCGGGCAACUCCUGGUGGCGUGGACACGUGCUGCGGGAUUCAGGCCGCUAAUGCUGGGCGAGGCAGGUGGAAAGCAGCUCAGAAAAUUCCAACAUGUCUGUGCAGGUCUUCAGACGCAAGAAGACGGCCACAGCCGUAGCGCACUGCAAUCGGGGAAACGCGCUCAUCAAGGGGAACAGACGCCCCCUGGCCCAGAUUUGUGCCAUCCGACAGUCCAUCUCCAAAGCCCUGGUGGCUUAUUACCAGGAGUAUGUGGAUGAAGCCUCUAAGAAGGAGAUCAAAGAUAUCCUCAUCCAAUAUGAUCCGACCCUGCUUGUAGCUGAUCCUCGUCGCUUUGAGCCCAAAAAGUUCGGAGGUCCUGGAGCCGGUGCUCGAUACCAGAAAUCUUACUGAUGAGCCCAUCUCAAAGAUCAGGGUUAUUUAUCUUUGUAAUAAACAUCCUAGGGCUCUCAAAACAAAACAAAACAAAACAACCAA